CCCCACACCGCCAACCAUCCAGGGAGAGUGAGACCUGGCAGCCGCAACUGCAGCCCCAUCCUCUUUUCAGGGCCUUUCAUGUGUACACCUGUGACAGAGUGCCUUUUCGAGACUGGCAGGGACAAGGACAAAUAAGGAUGAGGUGGAGGGUGGGAAGCAGGAGGCUGGCCAGCUGCACCUGCGCUGCAGGAGGGCAGGGGCUCUGGUUGUAAAACACACUUCCUAAUUCGAAAGGUUCACAUGCUACAAGACGGGCGAAAUAAAGUGACAGAUGACCACCCUGCAGCUCCAGCUUCCUCUCUAAAAUUCCAGUCCCAAAACCCAGACCGCUACCCGCCUCCUGGCUCAGGUCAGAAUCUGGCAGAGGAGCCUUCUCAGCCGGUUGUGUUGGGCCCUGCUGGGGGUGGGGGUGAGAAAGGUCCCCAGGCUACCGGGAAUCCUGUGUUUGACUUUCCCACAGUUAUAGCUCCACUUUCUUGGGAUGCGUGGGGAGCAAAGGGUGCAGAAGUCAGGUCUUGAAAUCACCUAGGGAUUUCUGGGUGAGGUGGGUGGAGAAAAACGAGAACAGCAGGCAGGACCUGGCAGCUGCUGCAAACGGCUUCACCCAGAGACACAGGCGCCAGUGACAUUUGCUCUAAGUGAAAGUGAAAGAGAAGUCGGCAGCAGAGGGAACAGAAAAGAAACCCACAGGCUGCUGGCUAGCCAGGGGUGCUUGGAGAGCCCCUCUUCUCCCACCGAGCCUCGAAAGCGGGGUAGGACUGCGGAUGACAGUGGGCGAGAAGGGGACUCGAGAGCAGCCUCCAUGGGCAUGGAGGAGGGCUUGUGCCUGCUGAUGUGCCUGGUUCUAUUUGGAGCAGCAGAAACCAAGCCUCACACAGCAGAGAGGCAGUGGCGGGCAGUGGACGUGGUCCUAGACUGCUUCCUGGUAAAGGACAGUGAGCACCAUACAGCUCUUGCCAGCAGUGAAGACAGAGGGAGGGCCUCCCUCGUGCUGAGGCAGGUGCCAGUGCUGGACGAUGGCUCCCUGGAGGACUUCACUGAUUUCCAAGGGGGCAUGCUGGCCCAAGAUGACCCACCUGUUAUCUUCAAGGCCUCAGUGGACCUGGUCCAGAUUCCCCAGGCCGAGGCCUUGCUCCACGCUGACUGCAGCGGAAAGGAGGUGACCUGUGAGAUCUCCCGCUACUUUCCCCGGACGAGAGAAGCCACUGUUGAGCCAACAGCUUGGUUCAUGGCCAACGUGCAGGUCUCUGAAGAGGGACCAAGUAUCUCCCUGGUGAUGAAGGCUCUCAGCGAUGCUGAGAAUGAGGCUUUCCGGCAACCGAUGCUGAAUUUCCUCCUGAACCCCCAGGGGACUAUGGGAACUGCAGUGGAGUUCCAGGUGACGACACAGACCCAAUCCCUGAGCUUCCUGCUGGGAUCCUCAGCCUCCUUGGACUGUGGCUUCUCCAUGGCACCAGGCUUGGACCUCAUCAAUGUGGAGUGGCGGCUGCAGCACAAGGGCAAGGGUCAGAUGGUGUACAGCUGGACCGCAGGGCAGGGGCAGGCUGGGCGGAAGGGCGCUACCCUGAAGCCUGAACAGAUGGGCAUGGCUGGGGAUGCCUCCCUCACAUUGCCCAGCCUCACUCUACAGGAUGAGGGGACCUAUGUUUGUCAGAUCACCACCUCUCUGCACAGAGCUCAGCAGAUCAUCCAGCUCAACAUCCAAGCUCCCCCCAAAGUACGACUAAGCUUGGCAAAUGAAGCUCUGCUGCCCACCCUCGUCUGCAACAUUGCUGGCUAUUAUCCUCUGGAUGUGGCGGUGACGUGGACCAGAGAGGAACUGGGUGGAUCCCCAGUCCAAGUCUCUGGCGCUUCCUUCUCCAGCCUCAGGCAAAGCGCAGCAGGCACCUACAGCAUCUCUUCCUCUCUCACCGCAGAACCUGGGUCUGCAGGUGCCACUUACACCUGCCAGGUCACCCACAUCUCUCUGAAGGAGCCCCUUGAGGCCAGAACCCAGGUUGUCCCACCAGGCUGGAGUGCAAUCUCAGCUCACUGCAACCUCCACAUCCUGGGUUCAAGCCAUCCUCCUGCCUCAGCCUCCCAAGUAACUGGGACUACAGGCAUGCACCACCACACCUGGCUAAUUUUCAUGUUUUAAGUGGAGAUAGGGUUUCGCCAUGAUGGCCAGCUGAUCUCGAACUCCUGACCUCAGGUGCUCUCCCAAAGUGCUGGGAUUACAGGUGUGAGCCACUGCACUUUGCCUGUGGAAAGGUUUAAAACAGGAAAGGGAGAGGAAAGAACCCACAAUUCGAAAAGGAAACAUCCAGGAGCACUGGGCAUUACCUGGUUGCUCAUUAGACUGUGAACGUCCCCAAAACGGGUUUUGCCUCAGCUCACAUCAUUCCCCAGCUAUUUACAAAAUCCCAGUUAACUGUGGUUUUUGUUUUGUUUUGAGAUAGGGUCUCACUCUGUUGCCCAGGCUGGAGUGCAGUGGCAAGAUCUCGGCUCACUGCAGCCUCUGCCUCCCAGGCUCAAGUGAUCCUCCCAUAUCAGCCUCCAGAGUAGCUGGGACCACAGCUGCACACCACCACGCCCAGCUAAUUUUUUGUAUUUUUGGUACAGAUAGAGUUUCACUAUGUUGCCCAGGCUGGUCAUGAACUCCUCAGCUCAACCCAUCCACCCGUCUCAGCCUCCCAAAGUGCUGGGAUUACAGGCAUGAGCCACCGUGUCCAGCUCAGUUAACUGUUAACAAAUAAACCAACCUAAAUAUCACUUGCAAAGCAAUUUUUAAAACUUUGUCCUUAAGUGGGAAGAGGUAGAGAAUUCUGUGUGGAAUAACCCAUGAAUAUCCAGCAACCUUGAAUUGCUGCUGGGUGCCUCUUCCAGGUUUCUCAAUCAGGGACUCACACACACACUCCUUAGCUCCUCCUCCCUGGAGCAGACGCUGCAGGUGAGGGCUCAGCUGAUGAUUCCUGCCCACAAUGAUUGCUGCACAUGUUGCUCUCGC